GUAAGAAUCAGGGGAGGAAGAAAUGGAGCGGAUAGAAGAGAAAUAGGAAAAAAAAGAGAAAAAAGAAUCCAGCAAGGAUGCGGCCAUCCCUCGAGAUGCGAUGCCUCGCCACGUACACUACGAGGAUACCCGGCACUUGAACGCGACCCUUCUACACCUGAGCCAUCUGAUUCGUCGUAUAUCAACCAUGAAUCGAUUGAACGCUAGCUUCUGGAACAGUUUGAACAUCACGGACGAGGAUAUAGAUUACGUGAACAAGUUCAUGGAUAAUCUAUCGAUUUCGUGCAACGACAAUUGCGAGCAACAGACCGAUUGCUACUGCAACGGGACGGUUCGAGAUCUGGCGAUCGAGUACAAGAAUUAUCACGGUUACGUUGCGUUGAUGGUGUGCUUGUUCGGUACGUUGGCCAACAUGCUCAACAUAAUCGUGUUAACGAGGAAAGACAUGGUCGCAACUCCCAUAAACCGAAUUCUCACGGGUCUCGCGACCGCCGACAUGCUCGUCAUGCUGGAAUACAUACCGUUCGCUAUUUACAUGUACAUCGUGCUCCCAAAGAGGCAGAUAUUUCCUUACGGGUGGGCGGUGUUCGUCCUCUUCCACAUGCAUUUCACGCAAUUGCUCCAUACCAUCAGCAUCGCCAUCACGCUCACCCUCGCUGUUUGGAGGUACAUCGCUAUCAGAUUUCCACAGUACAAUACCUGGUGUACCGCAGCUCGAUGCAAAAUAGCUCUAUGGAGCAGCUUUUUAGCGCCAUUUAUUGCCUGUGCUCCUAGUUAUCUCGUAUUUGGAAUAAGAAAACAAACUGUAAAUGAAAAUGGCAUCCUGGAAAUCGCGUACAUAGUCGAUGCCGACUACUCCCAGCACAAGGACUUCUUCUACCAAUUAAAUUUCUGGAUACUAGGGGUGGUCGUAAAACUUUUACCCUGCGUCAUUCUCACCGUUAUUAGCUGUUGGUUGAUAAAAGCUCUUUACAGAGCGAAAGGGAGGAAGCAGGCUUUGAAGAGUUACAACCAAUGCAAAAACAUCGCUGUAAUGGGUAACGGUUUGAUCCCAAAAAGGCCGAGCAAAUCCGAGAGGAGAGCGGAUAGGACGACAAAGAUGCUCGUCGCCGUGUUACUUCUAUUCCUGGUCACGGAGAUACCUCAGGGUAUUCUGGGCCUUCUAUCAGGUGUUCUAGGCGAUUGCUUCUUCCGUAAUUGCUACCAUAAUUUCGGCGAGGUGAUGGACAUCCUCGCCUUGUUAAAUGGCGCCAUCAAUUUCAUCCUCUAUUGCUCCAUGUCCAGGCAAUUCCGUACCACUUUCGGCCAGCUGUUCAAACCGAGGAUCAUGAAGAAAUGGCAACCUGCCACGCAACAAACGGACGUGCAAAGCACUUAUGUAUGAUGCAGGCUGAAAGGUCUAGAGACCACGCGUCUUUAGAGAUAUUUAGAGUAGUGUUAUAUCUCUCUUCCGUAAUUUUUAAUCUUAUCCUUGGAAAUUGGUAUUAUGGCGUUACGGUAGCGUAUAUUACGUAAUAGAGAAUGAUGGAGAUGGAAAUGUAAAUCUGCAUCAUACACGAUAGAUAAUAGGGUGGAGUAUAAAUUUUUUCUUCGCGUAUAAUGUGAUUCACCUCGAAUGGUGUUCAUAAUAUAGUAAAUUUUUAAUAUCUCACCUCUAAGAGGAAGAUCGAAUUGAUUGAUUUGCCGUUUCGAACUCCACCUUGUUGCUUGAUAUUAUCGAAAUCACGUAAUUUUUGCAAAUGCGUAAAGAAGGAUAAUAACGAAAAAUAUCGAAUUAUAUUAAUCUUCGCGUUUCAUUUUAUC